UUGCGUAAAACCCACUUGAUUGCUCUCUCUCUCUCUCUCUCUCUCUCUCUCCAUAACUUGAAUUCUAAGUAUGAGUUAUCCCUGUUCCCUUUAAAAUAUCAGAAAUUAGUGUUGGUUUUCCCACUCUUGCAACACCUCUCAAACAUCCCAUGUCCGAGUGAUCACGCUAGCAGCAGCUGCAAUAUAAACAUAACAUUAUUGUCCUCUUCACAGCCAGCCCUUUGAAGAAUGGGACGACAUUCGUGCGGUUUAAAGCAGAAAUUAAGGAAAGGUUUGUGGUCUCCUGAAGAAGAUGAGAAACUGUUCAAUUACAUAACAAGGUUUGGUGUUGGCUGCUGGAGUUCAGUUCCUAAACUAGCUGGAUUGCAGAGGUGUGGAAAGAGUUGCAGGCUGAGAUGGAUAAACUACUUGAGACCUGAUUUAAAGAGAGGAAUGUUCUCACACCAGGAAGAGGAUCUUAUUAUCAGUCUUCAUGAAGUUCUUGGCAACAGGUGGGCUCAAAUUGCUGCACAAUUACCAGGAAGAACUGACAAUGAGAUAAAGAACUUCUGGAAUUCAAGUUUGAAGAAGAAACUGAUGAAGCAAGGGAUUGAUCCAACAACCCACAAACCAUUAAGCGAAGUUGAACCAAAAGAAGAGAAAAAACUAGCAGAAAUGGCCGCUUUGUAUAUACCUGAGUCUCAAGAACUGCAAACGAUAUCAACCUUAGCUUCACAGAGUCCAGCAUUUUUACUUGAAGACUCAAAUUACUAUGAAGGUGAAAUUACAGAAGCUUCAGGAGAACAUCUAAUGUACAAGCCGGCCAUUGAUCCACUCCCCUAUUUUCAGUUCCAGGAAGGUGCCAAUUCAAAUGGGUAUGAUUCAAGUUUCCUACUUCAGCAUCAUCCAACUAUGAUCAGAGCCCCUAUUGACCAAAGCCAUUUGGAGACACAUUCCAACUAUGGAUUCACUUCAAUGCCAAGUCUGGCCAAUUCUGAUCACGGAAACUUUUCCGGAACAGAGUUUUCUGAUAAUUCGGGUUCGAGAAUGAGUUCCUUUUUCUUAGAUGAGGUGAAGGAAAGUUCAAGCAACAGCUCAAACAUGAGCAGUUACGCCGGCUUCCAGAUGAACAGUACGGUUGAAAAUGUAGCGUUUUCAUGGGAUUACGCCGACAAGAAGUUGGACUACUGUUCGUUUCCGUUUCAGGUCAACGAGAUAAAAUCCGAGGAACUGAAACCAAGUUCCUGGCAAGAAGGUCAGCUUCAUGUUCAUAGUUCAGAUCAUGAUUUCAAGAGCUAUUCCUUAACGUCGUUAUCAGAAGUUCUAAGAGCAGCAAAUUUUGAUGCCUUUAAUCAGAUAUGAACUGUAAAUUCCUUUUUUUUUUCUUUACCUUAUAAAUUUAAAUUCUCUCGACAUUAAUGAAUCCGCAAAGAUGUUGAUAGUACAGGGAAUUUCAGCAGAAAGUUUGAGAUGAAGUCUGGUUUUCUAGCAGGAAAUAACAAUUUAGCUAAUCUUUGUUUGAGCUUUGAUUUGUA